CCGCAGUUCCCUCUUGACCCCGUGGGUCUCCGUCAGGUGUCAAUGCCGAGGCAAGACGGCCCCGCAGACAGACAAAGAGAGAUCUGGAAACAAGUCGCCAUCUCUACUCCGUACAUCGCAUCACUUGGCCACCGGACGGACUCGACAGCAUCGAACAUCAUGGCACUCCUGGAAUACAGCAUCGCGUCGCUCUGGGCCAAGACGGUCGACACGUACAGCCCGCGACAGAUCGAAUUCUGGGGCACGCUCGCCGUCCAAGUCCUCUUCUUCUGGGUCCCCGCGCUGUCCUUCCUCGCGCUGGACUCCCUCUUCCCGGCCUUCUCAGCCCGCCACAAGAUCCAGCCGGCCGCCAAGCAGCCGACACGCGCCGAGAUCACCCACUGCGCCGUCGUGGUCCUGCGCAACCAACUGCAAUCCGUCGCCAGCGCCCUCGUGCUCCUGGCCAUCUCCCACCUGCGCAACAGCCCGUCCCCCUUCCGCAUGCCCCCCACGCUGCCCACCGCGGCCGAGCUCGCCCGCGACCUCCCGCUCUGCCUGCUCGCGCGCGAGGUGGCCUUCUACUACACGCACCGGCUGCUGCACACGCGCGCGCUGUACCGGGCCGUGCACAAGACGCACCACGAGUUCACGGCGCCGGUCGCGCUGGCCGCGCAGUACGCGCACCCGGCCGAGCAGCUGCUGGCCAACACGCUGCCGAUCGUGCUGCCGCCGCUGGCGCUGCGCACGCACGUCGUCACCAUGUGGCUGUUCCUCGCCGCCAUGCUGCUCGAGACCGCCACCGUGCACAGCGGCUACGACUUCUUUGGCGGCGUCGCGCGCGCGCACGAUCGCCACCAUGAGCGCUUCAGUGUGCACUUUGGCGCGUACGGCUGGAUGGAUUGGCUGCAUGGCACGGGGGAGCAGGAGCGCGGGAGGGUGAAGGAGGAGUGAUGGGAUUUUUAUUUGGGCGUCGAAAGGGGUCCUGAGUUAUCUAUGUUAAACAGUAGCAGGUUUAUAAGCAUACAACACCCUCCCUAAUG